ACUACCACAACCUCCACCACAAAUUAAUUCCGGGCGAGCAAGCAGUGAAUCCUCAUUCGGACGAGCUUUAGCAGUGAACCCUACUAUCCACCACAUAUCUCAACCUCCAACAAGAUGGCCGAAGACAACAGCGCCGCCUGGCCCCAAGCCGAUCAGGCUCUCUCCCAGGAGAUCCUCGACCUCGUCCAACAGGCUACCCACUACCGUCAACUAAAGAAGGGAGCCAACGAGGCCACCAAGACUCUCAACCGCGGUAUUAGCGAGUUGAUCAUCCUCGCCGCCGACACCUCCCCACUCGCCAUCCUCCUCCACUUGCCUCUUCUUUGCGAGGACAAGAACGUUCCCUACGUCUACGUCCCCUCCAAGAUGGCUCUCGGCCGCGCUUGCGGUGUCGCCAGGCCCGUCAUUGCUGCUAGCAUUACGACCAACGAGGCUUCCGACCUCAUGGGCCAAAUCCGCACCCUCAAGGACAAGGUCGAGCGCCUUCAGAUCUAGAUGGAUCUGCAGGACCGCUAUACGCGCAAGAGGGAAUGCAAGGGUUGGAAACUGGUUUCGCAAUACUGGAAGGUUUACGUAGCGACAAGAUGGCAGAGGCCUGGGAUGGAAUACGCCCAUGGUCCCUGUACGUAGACCGAGAAUGAAAUGCCGAGCGCAAGUCGGCAUCGACUCUGCCAAAUCUGAAUUUCUGAUCCAC